GUGUUGCCAGUGCGCUCUGGAUGCCACUCAUGGGUUUAAUUAUUUUUCACAUUAUAAAUGGACCGGCCUUUUUCUGCCUAUUUUGUUAAUCUGCAACUGUACGUGCAAAUAUUCAUUAUGUUUUAGUUGACUUUCUUUCAUUUGCACCUUAAAACGAAGAUUGUAAAAAGGUUUUGGACUUCAAACCUAAUAUCGUUUCAAUUCAUUAUCAAACAACAAUGGCUUCACAAACGUCGAAUGACAGUGUGCUUGAAUUCCUGGACUGUCUACGAGAACAGAGCAACUCAUCCUUAAACAUGAGCCUGGAAGUUACCAACACCACCUGUAGCAAUGCGUCUGUUGUUUUAAGAUCCCCAACUCCGCUGCAGAAAGAGAUGCGGAUCUUCCUCUACUCCCUCAUCUUUCUGCUGAGCGUCUUCGGGAACCUGCUCAUCAUCUACGUCCUGGUCCUGAACAAGCGCAUGCGCACCGUCACCAACUGCUUCCUGCUGUCGCUGGCGCUCAGCGACCUGAUGAUGGCCGUCUUCUGCAUGCCCUUCACCCUCAUCCCCAACAUCCUGGAGGACUUCAUCUUCGGAGCCGCCAUGUGCAAGAUCGUCACCUACUUCAUGGGGAUAUCCGUCAGUAUCUCCACCUUCAGCCUGGUGGCCAUCGCUAUCGAGCGCUACAGCGCCAUCUGCAAUCCCCUCAAGUCCCGCUCCUGGCAGACCCGUUCCCACGCCUACCGGGUCAUCGCCGCCACCUGGGCCCUGUCGCUGGUCAUCAUGGUGCCCUAUCCAGUCUUCAGCGUCCUCAGGGCGUUCCCCAAGGCGGACCGGACCAUGGGCCACAUGUGCCGUCUGACCUGGCCCAGUGAAGAGGUGGAGCAGGCAUGGUACAUGCUACUUCUGUUUAUCCUGUUUUUCAUCCCCGGGCUGGUGAUGAUCGUUGCCUACGGUCUGAUCUCCAGAGAGCUGUAUCGGGGGAUUCAGUUUGAGCUGGGACAGAACCGAGAGGCAAUGGGCCUGAAGAACUGCGCCAACAACAACAACUCCUCGGUCGCCAACGGGAACGAGGACGACGACGGUUGCUACAUCCAGGUCGCCAAGCAGCCGCCGGCGGUGGAGCUCUCCACCCUCACCGCCGCCACCAACGGCGGCGCGGGCGCCUCGUCUAAGGCGAAGGCCGAGCGCCCUCGCACCAACACCUCGGAGGCCAAGCUGGUGGCCAAGAAGCGUGUGAUCCGCAUGCUGAUCGUCAUCGUGGUGCUGUUCUUCCUCUGCUGGAUGCCCCUGUACACCGCCAACACGUGGAAGGCCUUCGACCUGAACUCCGCCCAAAGAGCCCUCUCGGGGGCGCCCAUCUCCUUCAUCCACCUGCUGUCCUACUCCUCGGCCUGCGUCAACCCCAUCAUCUACUGCUUCAUGAACACGCGCUUCCGCAAGGCGCUGCUCGCCACCUUCGCACGCUGCUGCCCUCGCGGGCCGGCGCCGCGCUGCUGCGGAAGGAGGUGCGGCCGGGGGCGGGGCCGGCGCAUGGGCCGGGACGGGGAGGACGACGCCACGCAGACCAUGGCCGUCUCCGUGUCCCGGUUCAGCUACACCACAGUGAGCACCGCCGGCCAGUGAGGCGGGAGGACGGACGCGGGG